AGAGAGAGCAGCUGUAGGGCAGAGCAAUGUCGACGAUCUUCAUCGCGGUUCAGUGCUGCCAAUGCUCCACAAUGCAGGUGAGGCAGAAGAGCAAAAGCGUGGGCAAGUGGAGCUGCGUGGUGUGCAACCAGAGGCAGUCACUGCGGAAGGUGUUUGCUCAGGGCUUCAUGGCCAAGGACCUUCGACGCUUCGUACAGUCCUUCAACAUGUCCCGCAAUCUCUCCGACCACCUUCAAACACCACUGCCACAUUCCACGGACGAACAAGACAUCCCCGAUGACCGAUUCCAAUGCAACGAUCGUAGCAAGAGACGGAGCGAUUGGAGCGAGUACCUCGACUCGGGGGACCACGAUCGUGUCAAAGAAGAAGAGAUUGCGAGUGGUGGUUUUGAGCCAAAAAUUGUGACGGAGUUGCCGGACGGAAUGUUCAAGAAAGCGAGAUUGAACAGCUGUUUUGAUGAUGGAGAAGGUGAUAGUGAACAGCUUUACAAGCCGGUUUUCUCAAAGAGAAAUUCCAGCACUAAAAAUGUCGUCUCCCGAGGCAAGGAGCCAAGGAAUGAUCAGCCAUUGAUGGCCAAGGGCUCUUCAAAAGGGAAUGACACCAUGACACAAGAUGACCAGGAGCCAAGGAGGAAGGUUCAGCUGCCGGUGGCAACUGGCAGGAAGGUUUCCAAAUGGAACGACUACAUAACCACCGAAGAUGACGACAAGGACUUGAUAUGUGCGAGCGAAACGAAUUUUGGAGAUCGUAGGGGUCGUCAGACAAAUGAUAUCUUGCUGGACUUCAAGACCAUAACCGAUGAUCAAAAGGUAGAAGAUGAUGUCCACCCGGAUUUCUUGUUGUGAAGCUCUGUUUUUGUCACUUGUUGUGAAGCUCAAACAGUUGAAUUGGUCAUUAAGGCUAUUUCAUGCUUACCAUCAUUUUGAGAGGACGGAAUUUUCUACUCGCAAUUUUCUAUACAUACAACUAUUUUACAACU